AUGAAAUAUUCUAUCAUAUCUUUUGCAGUAAUUAUACUAUUUUAUUUAUUUUGCUCUGAUGUCACCACCAAUAGUGUAAAUGCAACAGAGAUCGAUGUUGACUACCUCUCUUUAGAAGAAAUACCAUUAAAGUACGAUCGACAAGUCAAUAGUGUAUUCACAUGUAUUGUAUCACCACAGAAUCAACCAUUUACAUGUGCAAACGUUACCGACAAUACAGGUUACUGUCCUACAAUAUCACAAUGUCUUGCAUUCGAAGCAGAGAUAGUUAAGCAAAAUCCAAAUAUUGUUACAACCUAUGUUGCACUACCAGCCAGAAAAUAUACCGAGUGUUUAGGUAUAGUCAAAGACUUCCCACAAUCUAAUCUACACGUAUUCUAUUCAUAUCUUGGUGUAGCUGAAUUCACAUGUAAUAAACAAUUUUUAAUAAUUGAACUUACAAAACAAAACACAACGAUUAUCUUUGAUAAUUUGGUAUUCAAUCAAGUCGGUAAACCAAAUACUCAGUACGGUGGUAUUCUAUCGAUUUUGGCACCGGUGGAAAUCAAUGCGCUUGUCAAGCUGGAGAAUGUGCAUGCCAAUGGUAUUCGUUCGCUUGGCGCCGGUGGUUUCAUCUUUUUAACCUACAUCGAUUUGCAUGUGACCGACUGCAGUUUCACCGGUCUCGAAGCGCAACAGGGUGGUGUCAUCCGAUCGUUCGGUGACUCCAACGCUGUAUUCAUAAGUAACUCGGUGUUCACCAAUAACAAAGCCACUCAGAAUGCCGGUGUCAUAUCGGCGCAGAACGUUGUCAUGUCGAACUGCACGUUUACAGGCAACUCUGCUCAGGGUCUGGGAGGUGUACUCUACACGACGCUCGACAUCAACAAUAUAUUCAUCGAUAGCUCUACGUUCACAAACAACACUAACAGUGGAUUCGGUGGUGGUGCACUCUACUUGAUGGGUCCGGCGUCAAUCAGUAACUCGAUGUUCACAGGUCAGCGAUCGACUGGCUACGGUGGUGCUGUCUACUCGACUGCUAGUCUCGAGAUAUCGUCGUCGCAAUUCACCGAUAACUCCGGCACAUUCGGUGGAGCUAUCUUCUCGAAGCAAUCGCUUGUCAUUGAGAACUCUAUAAUCACAGACAACAACGGUACAUCGUCUGGAGGUGCCAUUGCAAGUCAAGGUGAUCUAGAGAUACUGAACUCUACAAUCAACAAUAACUGGGCUGCUCAAGAAGGUGGUGCAAUCUACUUUUACUAUCAGGGUGACAAAUCGAAUUCGUCGUGUAUCGUUUAUAACUCCUACGUUCACAACAAUUAUGCAGGUACAUAUGGUGGUGCUUUUUAUGUUUACGAAAAUAUGCCAAUAUUCCUGUUGAAUACAACUGUUUUUAAUAACUAUGCAGGGAUAGAAGCAGGUGGUCUAUACUUUUCUAGCCAAUACCCUUUGAAGUUUGUUGGUGGUACAUUUAUGAAUAACUCUGCCGGUCAAAUCUAUACCUCUCAAACAUUUAACGUUGAGAAUAUCGGUAGAGCUAUAAAUAUUGUUAAUGUAUCAAUCGAUAUAUUUACCGAUGGUAUUGAAUAUCAUGUUCCUUUAGUAUCUGACACCGUCGAACAUGCAAGCGCAUAUGAUGUAUCUGGUGUAUGUGAUAAUGGUAUUGCUACAAUCAACAGUGAUGGUAAAGUAACUGAAUGUACCAGUACGAAACGACACAAACAAGUCAUUACUUUAAAUUAUUAA